AUGUCUCAAAGUAAAUAUAUUAAUCUUCCAGAUAUUGACACCCAACCAGAUGUUUAUGAAUCUCCUGAUACGCCUGAAGAAAAUGAUACUGUAGACGGUGAGAAUUACCUUGACCUUGAAGAACCAAAUGAAAAUAUUGUCAAAGAAAAAAUUUCUGUAGGUGAAGCUGUUGAUAAGUUUAAAGACAGUGUCAUUGAUGCUUCUGAAACUGAUUUCUCUGAUAGUAUAACUCGUCGUAAAAAAAACAUGUACAAAGUUUAUGUUAAACGUCCUGUUUUAGACACAAAUGAAUAUGAAUACAUAUCUAAGGAACCAACAUUGCAAGAAACUCCUGUACAAAAAUUGAGAAGAUUGAUUUUUGAAGCUCAAGAGCUUGAUGAAGAAUUGGAAAAAGAUAAGGAUGAUGAAUCAAAGCCCAAAAAACCUCUUCACAGUGCCAUGGUUGAACAAUUAUCCAGUUUACAAAAGGAUCUUAGUCGAUUAUCUCAGAAUAUAGGCGAACCAGACUCUAUAGAUGAAAAGGAAGGGACAAUAAUAAAACAAGCUGAAUUGAGUAAAAAAUUAAUUAACCAAUUACAAUCUUUCAAACACUCAGGUGUUCCCAAGGAAAAUGGGAUUUCAAAAGAUAAAGAUACACCAACUGCAACUGAAACUAAUGUUCAUACUUUAGCCAAGACAGUUGAACUUGAUGACCGUAUUGCUGCUUUAGAAAAACUUGUUGGUACAGCUCAUGGGCAAAAUUUUGAGGAUCUUUCAAUCUCUAUAACAAACACCAAUUUAAUUGCUGCCAUUGAUAAACUUGAUCAACAUAUGCAAUUAUUGGCACAACCACGACAUUUGGAAUCUAUUUCCAGGAAAGCCAAGACUUUGGUUGGUGAACUGGAGAAAGUUAAUGAAUUGAAAAAUAAAGAACUUUCAAAUGGUGGUGUCAUUCCAUUUGAAACUGAAGAGAAGCAAUUACAUCAAGAAGCUUCAGUGUUCAGUGAAACAAUUAAAAUGUUAACUAGUGAACAAAAUAAGAUCAGUGAAGAAUUGAAAAGUUUAGAUGGUGUUGCAGAGAAGCUUGAGAAGUCAUUUGAAAUAAACGAUACAGCAAUUCAACAAAACAUUGAUGUUGUUGAUUCACGUGUCACAGACUUGGCUGGACGAUUAGAUAAAUUGUUGGCCAAUUUCAAAUAA